CUGUUAUAGACGACUGCCAAGUGAUAGUAAUCAAGAGUCCGUCUUGCACUUCAGUUACCAUGUCCUACCAGCAAAAUGGAACUCCUUACCAAGGCGUACCUCAGGAUGUUGUCUCUGGCGAGCAGUAUCGAUACGCAUUGACCAAUUUUCGAAUUGCUCACGAAAAAGUAGAGCAACAGCGGGCUCAGCUGGAAGAACAGGAGCAACAAGUAGCUCUGCUUCGUGCACGGAUAGCACUACUUGAAGGAGGAUUCAAUGUUGAUCAAACUGGAAAGGGAGGAAAUUCUGUCGAUGAUUUCUCUAUCAAAAAUGCAGCUUCGCAAUUGGACAAACUCAUCAAUCGAUGGGCAUCGGAAAUCGUACGAAGUCCACCGGCCUCGUUCGAUGUUAUAUGUGGCGCAGUUCUCAGUGAUGUGCCGAAUGGGCCCGAUGUCGCUGCCCAGAUAAAAGGGACGUCCAUGCAGGUGCAGUACCUGCUGCGUCAUGCAAUGUCGGAGACGAUAUCUGAGGGUAUAAUCAAUUGUCUCAUGGUGACCAACUCAAGCGACGCCAAUAUACAGCUAGCACGGAUUCAUGAACAUCUGUUUGCUCGUGACCCAACCGUUGCUUGUGUUUGGCGACGACAGACAUUUUCUGCGGCAGUCGAAUCAUGUACUCCUGAUAUGUCCCUCAGUAUCUUGGAUGAGCAAGUCCCGAAGCUAAUGAGGGUCUUGGGAGGUGUCCUGCCCGCCGCAGGAGGUACUUCUAUUCUUGAAUCCGCAUACGAUUUUUCCCGGAUGCUGCACGGAUCCAACACAUCGUCGGGCGACGCGUUCUAUCGCGCCUUUGUCCCAGAACUAGGAAGCACGCUUUAUCCACGGCAGAUUGAGCUCGUGAAAAGAUGUUUGAAAAGUGAAAGAGGGGACAUAGACAAGGUUGGUGCCACAAUAUUUCCGGGCUUGGUGAAAGUCACCAAGGGACCAGGCGAUGAGCCUUCGACAGAAACUUUACAGACUGUCGUGAGGAGAGCACAAGUCAUCUGCGAAUGUGCCAUGAACGGCACAGCUACAUUAUCAUCACAUCAGCCAGGCCGAACGAGUUCACCCCAAAUAGCGAACGUCUAA